AUGUGGAUCCAGGUUCGCUCGAUGGACGGGAAGAAGAGCUCCCGGGUGGACGGCCUCUCCAAGCUCACGAGGAUCGAGGAACUGCGGGAGCUCCUGGUGGACAAGUUCUCGGCUCCCGUCUCCAGGCAGAGGCUCUUCUACAGGGGCAAGCAGUUGGAGGACGGACACACGCUGUUCGACUACGACGUGGGACUCAACGACAUCGUUCAGAUCCUGGUGAGGCAGGAGGCACCUCCUCCUCCUCCCCCCUCCUCUUCCAAGGACAAGGAGAACGAGGUGGGGGACAGGGUGGAUGCCAAGGAUUCCGGUACUGGUGCCUGGUUCGAGGCCAAGGUGGUGGACAUCCUCCCCGAUAACGAGAAGCAGACCCUUCGGCCGUCCUCCUCCAACCAGGAGGAGGACAACCUCCUCUACUCCGUCCUCUUCGAAGACUACGAGGACUCCGAGGGCCCGGUGGAGGUGCGCCUGGCGGCCCUGCGCCCCAGGGCCAGGAGGCUGGUCCCCUUCGGGGAGGUGAAGGAGGGCGACGUGGUGAUGGUUAACUACAACGUGGAGGAGCCCAAGGAGCGCGGCUUCUGGUACGACUGCACCGUCACCGGGAAGAGGGACACCCGCACCCGCAAGGAGCUGCUGGGAUCCAUCGCUAUGGGGCCGAGCGAGGCGAGGUUGGACGACUGCAGGAUCCUGUUCACCGAGGAGAUCUUCGCCAUCGAGGAGAACGUGGCGUCUUCCCGACACCAGGAGGACGGGCAGCAGCCCCUGAGACUGAAGAAGCCGCAGUGCUCGCACUGCAAGGACGUGCCCAGCCGCAAGUGCAAGGUGUGCAGCUGCAGCGUGUGCGGGGGCAAGGACGAGCCGGGCAAGCAGAUCAUCUGCGACGAGUGCGACCUGCCCUACCACCUCUGGUGCCUGCACCCGCCCCUCAAAGACAUCCCCCAGGAAGACGAAUGGUACUGCCCCGGGUGCAAGAUCGACGAGACGGAGGUGGUGCGUGCCGGGGAGAGGCUCAAGUCGAGCAAGAAGAAGGCCAAGAUGGCGUCCGCCAGCUCCUCCUCCUCCCGGGACUGGGGCAAGGGCAUGGCCUGCGUCGGGAGGACCCGGGAGUGCACCCUGGUGCCGCCCAACCACUUCGGGCCCAUCCCGGGCGUGGAGGUGGGCACGCUCUGGAAGUUCAGGGUGCAGGUGUCCGAGAGCGGCGUGCACCGGCCCCACGUGGCCGGCAUCCACGGGCGCGAGGGCGACGGGGCCUUCUCCAUCGUGCUGUCCGGGGGCUACGAGGAUGACCUGGACGAGGGCGAGGAGUUCAAGUACACGGGCAGCGGGGGCCGUGACCUGUCGGGCAACAAGCGGUGCGCCGAGCAGUCCUGCGACCAGACGCUCACCAGGAUGAACAGGUGA